AUGAAGCUCACUGCAUUGGUUGGUUCAGCUCUGCUGGGCUUUGCCUCGGCUGCCAGCAACACUGCUACUCGAAACAUCAGCUAUGAUUACAUAGUAGCUGGUGCUGGAGCUUCAGGCCUCGUCGUUGCUGAGAAACUCGCUGCUGCUGGCCGUAAAGUUCUUUUGGUUGAGAGGGGCGGUCCUUCGUACUACUCGACCGGCAACCGGGAUGACUUGAUGAAGUGGAACGAGACCGUCACCGCAUACGACGUCCCCGGCAUGGCUUACUACACUGACAUUUCGCCAACCAUUCAGUGGUGUACAGACAUCGCUGCUUCGGCCGGCUGCUUGUUGGGAGGUUCCACCAUGCUUAACGCUCUCAUGUUUAUCAAGCCCCGUGCUGCUGACUUUGAGGCAUGGCCUAAGGGGUGGCAGUGGGAGGAUGGUGUUUCCGAGGCCGCCAAGAGUGUUUUUGAGCGUAUGCCUGGAAGCAUUCUCCCCUCUGCUGAUGGCAAGCGCUAUGAUGAUGGUGCUUUUGAAGUCAUGUCCAAGUUCCUCGAGAACAACGGCUGGGGUGAAGUCAAUGCUCUCGACAAUGUUGAGGCGAAGGACAAGAUCUUCACGCAUCCUCCUUGGUUGAUCAACAACGGGCUCCGUGGUGGCCCCGUUCGGGAUAUUCUCCCUGAUGCAGAGGCUCUCGACAACUUCAGCCUCCAGCUUCACGCCAAGGUUCUCCGUGUUGUUCGUAAGGGACCUAUCAUUACCGGUAUCGAAGUCGAGCAUGAAGAUGGCUCUCGCGAGAUCAUUAAGCUGAGUAAGGGUGGUUCUGUCAUCCUUUCUUCUGGCACACACUCUACACCACGCAUUCUCUUCAACUCAGGCAUUGGACCUAAGGACCAAAUUCGUAUUGUCAAGUCCGGCUCUACCAAGAUUGAGCUCCCACCUGCUUCUCAGUGGAUCGAUCUCCCCGUUGGUCAGCGUCUGAGAGAUCAUCCCAUCGUUGUCGUGGAUUUCCAAACCAAGGAGAAGCUCCAAGCUCUGUCUCGCACCGCUUUCACUGAACCAAACGAUGAGACAGUCGAGCUGUUUGCUGAAGGAAGCGGGCUUCUCUCUCAAUCCGCACAACGUCUUAACUUUUGGAAGAGCGUUGAAGGUAGUGAUGGCAUCACUCGUUACGUCCAAGGCACCGUCAACGCCCCCGAAAAUAACACAAUUUCUGCCAAGGUUUACCUCACUCACGGCCUUACAUCUCACGGUACCCUCGAGAUCACCCCCGACGGCAAGACCAACAUUACUCAGAAGCCGUUCCUCAACACCAAGGGUGAUCGUGAUGCUCUCAAGACUUUUAUCGAUGAACUUUUGAGCUACGCACGCAAGCCCAAUAGCAACCUGAGCGUGCCGAGCAAUGUUACUGCAGACUCCAUCAUGGAGGUUUCCUACAGCGGGAACCAUCACCUUGGCUCGGCUCACAUGGGAGCCAAGAACGACGGCAAGAGCGUCGUUGGACCGGAUACCCGGGUCUGGGGAACCAAGAACCUUUUUGUUGUUGAUGGAGCCAUGCACCCUGAAGUCCCGACAGGGAAUACUCAGGCCUCCAUCAUGGUUGCUGCUGCGCACGCUGCCAACAAGAUCUUGGCCGUAACAUCUGGAAAACACUGA